AUGGUUCCUGGUCCCGGCAGCGCGUCUCUCGUGGGUCCUCUCUCUCCGUCGCCACUGUCGUCGCUAGCGUCGCUCUCGUCGCAAUCUCUUUCCAUGCGACACUACCGCUGGGCUCUACUCGCCAUACCCCUCGCUCCCACUCUGAUCCUCUCGGCUCCGCGCGCCCACGCCGUUAUGGCUUCCGCCUCCGGUCCGUCAACGUCAACGUCAGCGGUUGCUGAUCCGUCAAAGUUCGGCUACCGGUCGACGGCGGAAGAUGUGACGGCGGGUGUCGAUUUGAGCGGCAAAGUGGCAAUCGUAACGGCACCCGCGAAUUCCCCUUCCCGCGCGAACCUCGUCCUCGUGCCAAUGUUCUCCCCACGCGCGCAUGUCGCCCCUCUCUCUUUCCGCCGCGCUAAUUUCUUCUUCCUCCCCCUCUCCCGACACCCUUCUGGCGCGAAUUUCCUCCCCCCAGGCGGCAGCAGCGGCAUCGGCACGGAGACGGCGCGGGUGCUGGCGCUGCGAGGCGCGUCCGUGGUGCCCGCGGUGCGGAACACGGAGGCAGGGGAGGCCGCCAAAGCCGCCAUCAUCAAGGACAUCGAGGGGCGGAGCGCAGCGGCGGCGGGGGUUCCGGCGGCGGUGCGCGAGCGCGUGAGCGUGAUGCCGCUGGAUUUGGCGUCGCUCAAGUCGGUGCGCGCGUUCGCCGCGGAUUACUUGCGCCUUAACCGCCCGCUGCACCUGCUCAUGUACGCGCGGAGAUGGAAGGGGUGCGGGGGGGAGGGGAGGGGGCGAGGGAGGGGGAGGGGGUGA